UUUUUGUAAAUAUUUUUUUAACAUUUAAGUCAUAUAUCCAUUUGUUGUAAGUACUGGUGGUUGCUGAAAUUUUCGGAAUAGCGCAUACAAUAACAUUAUAAACAUGCCCCAAAAAUUGUUUGGAGGAUACCUCUCAUCCAAUAGACACACAAAUAAUUUAUUUUCUAACAGUAAUAAGCCUGAUGAUAAUAUAAAUCCUAAUCUAAACAUUAUAAAAUCUUUCAAUUGUCCAGACGAUAAAGGAGAUAAUAAAAUAGAUAGAUCUUUAUCAAAUAAAAAUAAAUUUAUAGAAAACAAUAACUUAGAUUUUAAUGGUUAUGGUAAUUAUAACUCUGAUUGCAAAUCAAAUGAACAUUUUCAAAAUUCAAUUGAUACUGAUUAUCUUGCUCAUGAUAUAAAACCUAGACUUAAAGGACGUCCUAAAUCUAAUAAAAAAAUAUCUGAUAACCCAAAAAAUCUACCAAAAGUUGUAUUAUACAAUGUUUUUAAUGAUAGAUCAUUAUUAAAAAAAGUUUCAGUUAAUUUUGAUAAUGAAAUAACAGAUGACAUAAAUGAAGCCACUAAUCAAAACAAUGAUAUACCUUGCAAUUGGUUAGUGGGUGAUUUAAUAUGGGCUAAACUCUCUACAUAUCCUUGGUGGCCAAGCAUGAUAAUAUAUGAUCCAAGUUUAGGAAUAUUUACUAGGACUAAAAAAAAGAACAGGGAAUAUCAUGUUCAAUUUUUUGGUGAAAAUGCCAGAGCUUGGGUUUAUGACAAAAAUAUUUUGGCUUUUGAUAAACCAUUAUCUUAUCAAGAUAUUUUGACUGUUGUUGAUAAAAGUAAUCCUAAAGCCUUGCAAAAAUCUACAAAAUCAUUUAAUAAUACCCACAAAAGGGUAAAGACAAAGCAAUUUCAGUUAGAAAAUUUAGAUGAUUUUGAUAAUAAAGGCCCACAUUUUAACAAAGGAGGAGAUGAAGGUUUGAUCAAACAAGAUAAUAAAAAGGGUAAGGAUGAUGAUACUACUACUAAUGACAUUAAAAAUGAAGUGCUUAAUCAACCCAUGGAAAUUGACUUAAAUAAACCUCUCUUUGACAAAUCCUCAUCAGAAAUAAUAUCAAAAGCAUCUUCUGAUGAUUUAUUUGUAAGUCAAGAAAACAAUCAUAAAAAUAUUACCCCAAAUGAAAAUAAUACAGAAUUUAAAAAUAAUGGUAAAGCUGAUUUAGAUAAUGAAAUCAAAGAUGACAUGCCAUCUACAUCUAGCCAAUAUCACCUCAAUGGUCUACUCUCUGGCGACAAUAAAUUAACCACAAUUUCCACCCUGAAUGAUGAUUAUGAAUUAUCCACAUUAUUAAGCGAAGGAGUUCCUACCAAAUUUAGAAGUUUAUGGAGCCUGGGACUAGAGAUUGCUGAAAGAGCCCUACCCCUCAACAGAAUGGAAAGAAGACAAACACUGACUAUCGAUUUUCCUUCCCCCAAUCGUUACAAAAAACAUGAAGGCAUAUCUUCUCAAAUCGAUUUCUACCACGAUUCUUCUUACUGUGACACCAAAGCACCACUUUUUAAUGAUUCUCAGAAUAGUAUUAGUUACAAAGGUACAACACUCUAUAAUAAGAGUGACAUAAAUGGCGGUAAAAAGGUCAGGAAAUACCGAAAACCAAAUUCGAAAAAAUCAGGUGAUAUUGAUUAUAAUGGAUUCGAUGCCAUGCCUCCCUUAUUGAUCAAUUCCAAUAAUAUAACCAUUAGGAAAAAUAUUGAAAACCAUCAUUUUGACAUCGGGGAAAAGUUGAUUUCAGGAAAUUCUGAAAACUGUUCAACUGAAAUGAGCAAAUCGUUAAAUUCUCGCGAAUCCCGUUUACAGAAUAGCAACUUCGCCGAUUAUUCCUAUAACUCUAAUAUCAACGAUUCGAUAUCAUCCUUCAACGAAAACAGCGCCUCAUCUAAAAAGAGAGCCAGAAAAUUAUCUUCUAAAUUAGUGGAAUACAACUUGUUGCCCCUCCCUAAAAAGCUCAGUUUUAAUUCGCCCAAAAAAGCCGAACAAGGAAUUACGGACCCUUUUAAAACUCGAUCAACCGUUCAAGAGGAACAUAUUAACAUAAAAAUUGAUAAUGCGUCAUUAACCAAUAAACCAAUCGAAAAUAAAGCUGGCAUAAUCGACCCUAAAUUAAAUUCUGACUUAAAUAUAACUACUGAAGACACCAAGGAAUCUAUGGACAUUAAAGCAAAAUCUUUGGCCGAGACGUCCAUAUCCCAAAUAAACCUUAAUAUAAAAAAGGAAGAUUUAAUGGAGGUAAUAAACAACGAGAUAGUGGAAAUAAAAAAGAUGGAAGCCGAUCUAUUCCAACAACCAUUCGCUUCUCUUACAAAAGGAAACGAUCAUAAAUCUGAAAAAAAUCAUGAAAAACACCUCAAAUUGUCAUCGAACGUUAGCUAUAAAAAGAAUUCCCAUAAUUCUUCGCAUCGAACCCCUAAUAAAAGUGCAGAACUUAAAAAAGCCUACCUUUCCAAUACUGGAGACGCCCCUUUAAUUAUUCGAGCAGGACCUUUAAAUCCUAUCUCAUUAUCGCCAUCAUCUACCGUCAAAGAACCGGUCUCCUCGACUACUAACACAAAUAACCAGAAGGAAAAUCAAUCGAAAGCUAUACCCUUUAACAAUGAUAAAUAUUACAUAUGCCUGCUAUGUAAAAUGAUUGAACCGGCAUUUAAUAGUUGCUCCAAUUACGAUAACGAGGAUUCUAUGGUCAAAUGCGUUUCUAAGAAUUGUUCAAAUACUUAUCAUAGGAAAUGCUUAGGGUUUUGUUCAACAACCCCAUCUGAUACCUAUCUGUGUGAUGAAUGUACAUCUGGAAAACACCCGUGUUUCGUUUGCAAAAAUUAUGAUACUGAGGCUCAGCCAUGUAUGUUAGCCUCUUGCGGCAAAUAUUAUCAUAAACAAUGUAUAUCUCGCUACCCCCUUACUGUUGUUGAUACUAACGGGCUAGUUUGUCCCAGGCAUCAAUGUGCUACUUGUAUCUCGGAAAAUUCAAAAAAUCCCAGAGCAACUAAAGGGAGAUUCUACAAUUGCAUUCUUUGCCCUUGUACUUACCAUUCCACUAAAGAAUGCUUAGCUGCCGGAAGUUUCAUACUUUCGGAUAAUUCUAUCAUCUGCAGUGAUCACAAUCAACCAGAAAAUCACUUGAACGUCGGAUGGUGCUUCAUAUGUUCUAAAGGUGAAGGAAAUGAUUUGUUUUGCUGUGAUUCCUGUCCUGCAGCAUUCCAUAAGUCCUGCUUGCCCGGUGUACAAAUCCCAUCAGAAGGCCUUUGGUGGUGUCCGGACUGUGAAAGUGGCAAAAGACCAGUAGUUGGCGAUGUUCUUUGGGUCAAGCUUUCCAGCUAUCGUUGGUGGCCUGGCCGAGUUUGUAACCCUCAAGCCGUUCCUUACAAAGUGCGUAUCAAAGCGGGUGGCGAUUCACUUUCAGACCUACCGGGCCAAUUCCCUGUUUAUUUUUUUGGUUCUGGUGAUUACUAUUGGAUUAAUAGGACGCGCGUUUUUCUAUUCGCUGAUGGAGAUACCUCGGCUACCAAAGAGUCUUCUUCGAGUCAAGGGAAGAGUUUGAAUAAGACCUUCGCCAAAGCUCUACAAGAAGCUGCCGAAGAAUUUGAAAUCCGCAAAACACGGAAAUUGGAAAAGCUCAAAUUGGAACAAAACAAAAUGGCCUCCAAAAAAUUUAGACCAUUUAAAAUGAUCAAAUGUAAUAAACCAAUUCCUUCUUCCACGUCUUCCACUUCAAUAUCGAAUUCGAAAGAUUCAUAUUUAAAUUUAGAACCACACAUAUUACUUCGUGAUCUACAUGCCUGCAAUUGUGACCCAAACCAGCCACAACCUUGUUCUGAAGAUAACCUCUGUCUUAAUAGAAUUAGCUUGAUCGAAUGCCAUCCUAAAGUUUGCAAAGCUGGCGACAGAUGCCAUAAUCAAAGAUUCGUUAAAAGGGAAUACCCCUCAGCAAAACCAUAUUUGACAAAGGAUAACAGAGGCUGGGGCCUUAUGACUUUAGUUGAUAUUAAAAAAGGCGAUUUCGUGAACGAAUACGUUGGGGAACUUAUUGAUGAAACAGAAUGUAGAAGGCGUAUAGAGAUAGCUUACAAGAAUAAUCUCGAUGAUUUUUAUUUUUUAACCUUGGAUAAAGACCGGAUAAUAGACGCUGGACCUAAAGGCAAUUUAUCCAGAUUUAUGAAUCACAAUUGUGAACCUAACCUUGAAACGCAAAAAUGGACGGUUAAUGGUGAUAUAAGAGUUGGACUCUUUGCUAUUAAAGAUAUACCGGAAGGAUCUGAGUUGACAUUUAAUUACAACCUGGAUUGUUUGGGCAAUGAAAAAAAGAAGUGUAAAUGUGGUGCAACUAAUUGCAGUCGAUUUAUGGGCGUGAGACCUCCUAAGAAAGUUCCGGAGAAAGUAUCAUUAGUUUCAACUAUAACUAACUCUAAUUCUACCUCAAAAAUAUCUUCUUCCCAAGUGGGUCGAAAGAUAUCUUCCCGUAAUUCAACUGCUAGUUCUAAAAAAAUUAAACCAAAAUCCCUCGAUGAUCCCCAAAAUAUUAUGGAGAAGUUAGGUAUAAAUAAUUCAAAAGUGGUUCCUAAAGUUUUAGAUGAAGAAUGUUUUGUAUGUGGUGAUGUAGGAGAGCUUAUUUCUUGUGAUCGCGCAACAUGUACAAAGGUUUAUCACGUCACCUGCGUUCAAUUGUCUAGUGUGCCUGCCCAAGGCAAAUGGACAUGCCCAAGACACUUUUGCAGCAUUGAAAAUUGUACAACAUCCGAUCAAAUUACCUCUUGCCAUGAAUGUACGAUUUCUUUCUGCCCAGAACAUUUGGCAUCUGGAAAAAAUAUGAUUAUAGCUACAGAUAUACCAAAUAAUGAAGAGAAUAGAAACGGAGAUUUGAUACCCAUUGAACAUUCAUCAACUUCGACUAAUAUUAUUUUAUGCUCUACUGCGGAGGAUAGGCAUAAUGUUUACAUACAAGGGCUGCUCGAUUUUAGGAAAAUGGAAAUAAAAAAAUUGACCAAACCAUUGGAUCCACCCACCUCAUAACUAAUACAUAAAUGUAAAAAUGUAACAUCUUUAUUUCACAGUAAUUAUUUUAACCACAUUUUAUAAGCUAUUUUUAUACACCUACCUAAUUAUAAAAUAAUCUCUUUUAUACAUAGUUCUAUUUUUUUAACAAUAAUUUAUUAUUAAAAAUCAUAUAA